ACUUAUAUUACUGCUGCAGAGUCCCAUAUACCCAAAAUGUGUGUGUUGCAGGGAAAAGGGAGAGGAGAUGUUAGGGGGCAGGUUGGGAAGAAGAUGAGUAGUUUUAAUCAUGUUUCUUCAUCUUUCACUUUGGCUCUGAAAUUCUUCUAGUACCCAUAAUCUGUUUGGGGUUUGUUGUAGCUCAGGAAUGGCCAUUGAGGUUUUUUUUUCACAUCUUAGCAUUACUAAAAUGAUCAAAGGUCUGGAGACCAUGUCCUAUGAGGAGCAUCUUAAAGAUCUGGAUAUGUUUGUCCUGCAGAAGAGAAGGCUGAGAGGAGACAUUAUAGCCAUUUGUAAAUAUGUGAAGGGAUGUCAUAAGGAAGAGGAAGCAGGCUUGUUUUCUGCUGCCCUGGAGACCAGGACUCAGAGAAAUGGGUUCAAACUUCAGAAAAGGAAAUUCUACCUGAAUACUAGGAAGAACUUCAUGAUUGUAAGAACUGUUUAGCAGUGGAACUCUCUGCUUCAGAAUGUGAUGGAAGUUCCUUCCUUGGACUCUUUUAAACAUAGACUGGAUGGUUGUUGUAUGUUUUCCGGGCUGUAUGGCCAUGUUCCAAAAGUAUUCUCUCCUGACUUUUCGCCCACAUCUAUGGCAGGCAUCCUCAGAGCAACCCAAAAACAACCACAACUUUAUUUAUGAUUUCUCUUGUAUGACGACUGAUAGUCAUCUUCUACUAAAUUGGUGGCUGAAGAUUAUUUUUAAUCUCUUUUAGUCUCUUGCAAAAUGGCUGCAGAGGAGGUGUGCUCCGGUGGUACUGUUGCUUUUGUGACAGAGCCAGAGUUUGCCCAGCUAUUCAGGAAACUUUUGCAGAAGGAGGGGAUCCUGGACAGGCAUUACCGUGUGCAGAAGCUUCCGGAUGGGACCGUGGCAUUGCCAGUGCUGGGCCAAGGCCUCAAGGAGCAGCAGCUACAAGAGCUGAAGGAAAGGAUCCCACCGGGAAAGACCUGUGUUCUGUCCUGGAUCCAAAAUCCCAUUCUCUCAAAAGUAGCCAAGGUCCAGUCCCCUGUCCAGAAACUGCAUGAUGAACUGCAGCGCUUCAUAUCCACCUCUGGAGCCACUUGGUCAGAAGAGAUGGAGUGAGAUCUGCCCUCCUCCUGGCAGCGUCAUGGAGACUUAGUUCUACUUAGCGAAAACAGCUUUAAAGCAACACUAUGGGGAGAGCUAGGUAAAUCCGAAACAUAACCCAUUAAUAUUCUGGGCAUCUUUUUUUUUAUAACAAAGCAACAAUGUACCUUGGUUUCACUUCUAAAUGGCCAUCUUUGAACAAAGAAGGUUUGAAAUGAAACUGUAGUAUUCAACUCCCAGAUUAAAAUAUUAUAUAUUUUUAAAGGUUUUUAUAAUGUGUUUUAACAAUGUUAUUAACAGAUCUGUUUAUAUUGUUUUGUUUUUAUGAUUGCAAUUUGGGCAUUAAAUUUUGCCAAUUUUUGUAAGCCGCCCUGAGUCCCCUCGGGUGAGAAGGGCGGGGUAUAAAUGUUGUAAAUAAAUAAAUAAAUAAAUAAAUA